AUGGCCUCACCUCGCAUUGUACACUCGAUACUCGAAGCAUUCCACAACACACACUACCACUACCAGUUGGGUUUGGACACAGAAAGCGAGGACCCGUAUUAUCUGGCUCAAGAAAUAGAACGUCUUUCCCGAUAUGUGCGAAAACUUUACAGAGCGUUCCCAGACAUGAUUGAGCUUGCCUUGUGGGCAGAUCAACUCAAGUACUUGGGAAGAGAUGUUCAGAUUGCACCCCGGCGUAUUCGGCAUAGCCCAAUCCCCAAACACCGGCACAAUCGCGGGUAUCCGAUGCCCCAGAUUGCUUAG